AGAGAGUAGUAUGGUCGGAGCGCAGAGCGUACACACACUGUACGUUGAUGUAUCGGAGCAGUGUCCAUUGCCCAUGGGCCACAGGCGAGCAGAGUGGUACACUUUUGGUCUUCACUCUCGAUUCGAAGUCUCCAACUUUUCUCCGGUCUUCAGUCAACCCGACGUCCGAACCUCGCUUGCAGAUCAAUGAUUCCCCGGCCAUGAACAGUGCUUACUGCUUGCUUACCACUGAUCCGGCACGAUAAAAGAGUCCCUCCUCCCCUCCCCGUCGCUACCAAGCUCAUCAUCACAUCUCGUGAGACGCUUGCCACUGAUCGGGUAGCUAAGUGUGUGCUGAAACUGAGCGGAGGGCCGGGCAUGAAGGACGCGAUGGCGACGCUGGCGACGGAGCUCGACGGGCUGCUCGCCAUGGCGAGGGAGCUGGAGGCGCGCGUCGACGGCGACCAGGGCGCGCCCGGCGCCGCGAGGGAGCUCUGCGCCGCGCUGGCCGCGUCCGUCGACCGGGCCGUGCGCCUUGCCGGCCGUGACGGCAAUGCCGGCGGCAGGGCGAGCGUGAACGGCCAGCUUAGGAGCAGGAAGGCGGCGGCGGCGAAGGUGCGCACGCAGGUCCGGGUGGCCUCGAUGCAGGACCUCGGGCCGCUCGACGACGGGCUGAGCUGGCGGAAGUACGGCCAGAAGGACAUCCUCGGCGCCACGUACCCCAGAUCCUACUUCCGGUGCACGCACCGGCACACGCAGGGCUGCGCCGCCACCAAGCAGGUGCAGCGCGCGACGGCCGACCCGCUGCUCUUCGACGUCGUGUACCUCGGCGCGCACACCUGCGCCCAGGCCGCGGUCCUGGCCGGCGCGGAGCAGCAGCUGCCGCCGCCUGCUGCAUUCGGCCAGGAGCAGCAGAGCCCGCCGGAAGGGGUUCAGUGGCCGGCAGAGCCCGUGACUCCGUUUUCCUUCCCCUCCUCGCCGGCGAGCUCCUGGUGCCAGCUUACCGGGAGCUACGGCUACGCGGCUGCGGGUGGCGGCCUCGGAGUUGACAUGGAGCUCGAAGGCCAACUCGACGAGCUGUUCUUGGACCUGUCAGGGUAUUUUUAACCGGACGUUCGGAACCUGUCAAGGGACGUAGUGCAAGAAUGAGAAGCUCCGGCCCGAGGCGGCACCGGACUGGACAACACCCUAGCCCGAACUCAGCCAUCACUUCGUUGCACUCUUCUUUUCACCAUGGUACUUAAAACUCCAUUAUUACGAUGGUCCUGUAGAACUGUAGAAGCACUCGCCACGAGCGCCAUUGCAUCAGCAGGUAAACACUGCUCCUCCGGCGAAAGCAGCCGUCGUUCAUGUCGCCUUAGAGCAUCUACAAUCGGUCUGGCCAAAUCUAGACCACUGUACGUCCGCGAAAAAGUUUGCGUUCAUAACUGUGUCUCUCAAACUAAAUCCUCAAAUUCAUACUUGUUCAUGCGAUGCUAAACUUACACACAGUUAAACGCGCACAUGUCAUCAAACUAUCG